AUGGCCGGCAAUAUAUCAAUAUCGCCGGUUUUGUUCCAGCGUUGUUUCCAGCAAGCGUGGUCCAGAUCGCGACGCGCUCGCCUCAAUUAUGGCAGCGCCAAGUAUGGAAAGAAUCCCGGUGAUAAUGACACUCUACAGCUUCCACGGAAGUUUGGAAUCGCUGUCAGUGGUGGCGCCGACUCUAUGGCUCUAGCAUACCUAUGCAAGCAACUGGAGCAAUCUUAUGAUGUUGCUGGAGCUAUUUCUGUCACUGCUUUUGUGGUAGAUCAUCGUUCCCGUCCGGAAAGCACUAUGGAGGCACAAAAGGUUGCUGGCUGGCUUCGUGAUAUGGACAUCAGAACACAUAUCCUUAAUUUAGACUGGUCUGAAAUUAUCUCAAGUCAGAAUCAAUUGUCGCCAAAGCCUGGAGCAUCGGGGCCUCUGCCAUCCGCCUUUGAGACACAUGCACGACGUCUCCGUUUCCAAGCCCUUGGCAUAGCUUGUUAUGAGUUCGAACUCGAAACAUUGCUCUUAGGCCAUCAUCAAGAUGACAACAUUGAAACCACCAUUUUGCGGCUCUCGGCUGGAGCAACUGGCUUAGGUCUUGGUGGCAUUCCUGAAGUUGCUCGAAUCCCCGAAUGCCAUGGUAUCUUCGGUGCUUCUGAAAGCUGGUCGACUACAUCAAUCCCCAUAAAACGACCGACAAAACCACAAGCCAAAGUCCGAUUCUAUAACCAGACACAUGGUCACAUCACUUCUCCCGACCCAACCGCUAGAACAGGUAACACUCACACCAAUCUCAUAUCCAAUGUAAAAAUGGCAAGCCCGGGCAUAUUCGUCUGCCGACCUCUACUCUCCUUCGCCAAAACAAGUCUUCUGGAGACCUGCCACAAAAAUCAAGUCCCUUACGUCUCCGACCCAACAAAUUUCGACCCAACCCUCACUCCCCGGAACGCCAUCCGCAGUCUUCGCACCUCAAACUCCCUACCCCGUGCGCUGGAAUCACAAUCCAUCCUCUCCCUACUUCGGUCAAGCCAAGACCUCCUUCAGAGGUCAAACGAGCUGUCCAACUACCUCCUCUCAUCUCAAUGCCGGAUGCUAGAUUUCAACCCCAAGGCAGGGUCAGCGGUCAUUCAAUUCCUAGACAAAACCCCAGCAUCGAUGGACCCGCAACUCGCAACAUUAUCAGCCUCCCGAAUCCGGCAGAUCCAGACCAUCGUUCUCCGCCGCAUGACAGAACUAGUCUCUCCCUUCCCCGAUAGCCAUUUCUCGCUACGCAGAUAUGAGCCACUAGUUCACAAUGUGUUCCCCGGUCUAGAUGGCUCUCAUGGCGCAAGCGCCACGUCCAAUGACGAGAAACGAAGAAAAGGCUUCACGGUAGCGGGGGUUCUGUUCCAGCGUCUCCCAAAUGAAGCCUCCAGACUUGGAAAGUCCCACGAUCCACGGCUCGGGGGUGAUAAUAUCUGGUUGCUAUCCCGGCAACCAUUCAUGAAAAAUCGUGACCCCGUGACCCAAGUCAACGUUUCGCCUAGUGGCAGUUUUACUCCGUGGGUUUUGUGGGAUAACCGGUACUGGAUGCGGCUUCGUCUCGUUCCGGUCGACCGUGAUCCCAACGAACUAGCAGAUGAACUGAUAAGUCUUCCUGUUACGAUACGCCCGUUCAAUAAAAUUGAUAUCGAACGGAUACGCAAAGAUGCGGCUAAUUUGAGGCCGCGAGGGCAAACAAAUAAGGAUUUUACUGCCGGACAGGAAAUGCCCGGGACUUUUGAGCACGUCAAGGCUCUCUUGUCUGCUGAAGCGCCUGCUCAGUUGCGCUUUACUUUACCUGUGUUAUCAAGGGAAGGCAUCGUGUCUAAGCCAGGAAAGCCUCCAAGUCAGAAGGUUUGGCAAAAACUGGCAUUGCCGACUUUGGACUAUCGACUAUCCGGUCAUUCAGCUAAGCAUUCUUCUCUCAACGAGGUGGAAGUGGUACAUCUACGCUGUCGCUGGAAACUGAAAUGGCAGUGGAUGUACAAAAUGAUUGACACUGAGGCACUAUGCCUGAUGGGCUGGCCGGUGGGUAAAGAUGCCGAAGAGGCUUAG